GGUAUGUGAACUUCUUAUCUUCCUGGCUACUAAUACAAUCAAAGUUUAACACAAGCAAAACCCGUGAAUCUUUCCACCUUCUAUUUUUCAUCUCGGCUCUAAUCUACCUGUUAUUCUAAUAUCAUUGGUCUGGGUUGAGUAUCACAAAUGCUAAGAUCAAAUGUCAACAAUUUUUGUUUUGAUGGUCGCAGUUCAAUUGACUACGGAUAAAAUCUCAGUGAUCGUCGUGUUUUUGAGCUUUAGUUUGUUCAAUUCGUUAGAUCUAACAUGAAAUGCUUUGUAUCUGGCUGCAACAGUGAUUUCCACGGGUACAAAUACGAGGAUGAUACAGGAAAUGAGUGGAUAUCCUGUCACAGGAUGCCUAAAAAUCCGAAACGACGUAUUGCUUGGUUGGAUUCGAUCGCGAAUGCUGUUAAAAAGGUUUAUACUAUUCAUGACAUUCGUUCCAAUUGCCUCCGGAUAUGCUCAAAACAUUUCCUCGAAACUGAUUUCUACAUCGUCAAGGGAAGGAGGCGACUGAAGGAUACUGCCAUACCGGUAAUUUUUGACAGUGUAUCUCAGCAGACCGACGACGAAGAUGAAUACAUAGGAUUUGAAGAGGUUCUCAUUGUUUUGCCUGGAGUCAAAGGAAAACUAUCACCACAGCCUCGAAAAACAACAACAAAAUUAAAGCAACACAAACGUACAAAGGACAUAUUGAGCAAUAUGCGGGAUCUUUUGAAUAAGAUCGCGUCAAAAGGAUUGCUUGUCGAUGUAACCAGUACCGCAUGGCAGCAAUAUUCAUCCAAUGAGGCUUUAUUUGAGGAGUUACGUUCGCGAACGAAUAGUCAUCCUUGUAGUGAAACUUUGCGUAGAUUCGCAGCUGCGCUACAUUUUGAUUCCCCGAAGGCUUAUUCAUACGUUCGUAAAGUAUUUGAUAACACACUUCCACAUCCUCGAAUAAUAGCUACGUGGUACCAAAGGCCUGACGGAAGGCCAGUUUAUACCAAAGGAACCUUAGACGUACCUCUAACCAAGACCGCGAAUACGAAGGCACAAGAAAACCCUUUUUCGGAAACAUCCGACAAUGUGUGAUCUUCAUAACUUAAUUAAGAUAUUUUACUGAACUGAAUUUGAAUAAACUAAAUUUGAAUAUUACUGAAUAAAUUGAUUUCUU